AUGGAAAGAAGUGUGACAGAUAAAUGGACAACACGUGAUGAAAAAGGUGAUAUAAUGGAUGAACGGUUGAUUAGAAGUUGGAAAGGUGAAACCGAUGGAUUACGACGCUGUUAUGAUGGUACCGGUGAAACAUGGCAUCGUAAAAUAGAGGUAUCACCAGAAGGCACCGCAUCAUUUGUUAAUAACAGGCGCUUUUAUACAAAAGAUUAUGUUAUCGAGAGUGAAACUCGCAAUGCAUAA